AUGCCCGUAAUAAGUUGGGAUGAAGAUCCCGAAUCAAGACCUAACUUCAAUGAAUUGUACGAGAUGUUCACGCAGUACGCCCAACAACCGAAUUUGUACUUACAUUCCAGAGCCACAAGCAGCAUCGCUACUGGUUAUCCUGAUCAUAGCACAGGCGGCGAUACACGAAGCCGCACCACGCUCUAUCCUAGUUUUCAUCUGUCCAGUGAUCGUCCCAACGGAGUGAACACAACACAAGGACCUUCAGUCCAUGUGAACCCAUCGGCACCGGUAUCUAACAGUACCGGAAUUUAUGGUUCAGGGCACCAACUUGCUGGAAUUCAGUCGGCACGUCGUUUUGAUCCUCGUCGACGAAUGCGAAGCAGUUUCAUCUUACCUCCGGCACUGAUCGCUCCAAAUGGACGUUUUGCACGCUAUCAGUCACAGAAGCGUCGCAGUACUUGUGUUCCAUCGGAGCACACAUUAUCGACCUCACUUAGUCGGACAUCUUCCGCACUUGGAGAUCCUUGGAAUUCGAACAAUCCGGCUCAUCACAGUCACCCAGUUCUGGCUGAUACCCAUGGACCGAAUUCGUCCAAUCCAAUCAACCGUAAAUAUGGUGUACCGACGGUGACCACUCCAAUCAGCCGUACAAUUCAUCCAUUCCAUGCCGGAAAUCUGCUCAGUACAGAUUCGCGAACGAGCAGCGGUCAGCCACUGCUUUCCAGUGAUCAGGACAGUUCACUCAGUCAGUUGGUUUUGUCCAACCUUGGGUACAAUAGUAGUGAAAGUCGGAGCAGCAUGAUCGGACCGGCAACAAGCACAAUAACAACUCCACCAACUGGCUCAGAACAACCGACUCACGUUAAUGUAUGCCAACCUCCAUCCUCUUCACAGUUGGAAAGUGCAACCGAAUCAUGCACAUGUUCCACGCACACAGUCAAUUCAUCUGAAUUUGACCGUAUACGGAAUAGUAUGCCACCGAAUUUCGAAAUCGAGGCUGCUGCGGGUUACGUUUGGCCCCAGUGGCCGUCCGCAUUUGCUCAGUCGGACCACAUGCAAGCUAUGGAGGGAACGGAGGAAGACCCAGAUCCAGAACAAGAACCGGAUCCGCUGAAUUCACCACAACCCAGCAAUUCGCGGGUACAAGGUGACUCAGAUGACAAUUUACCGUUUCUUAAUCGACAACUAUGGCUUCGACGUAGCGCACGUCAAAGACAGUACUAUUUACGUCAGUGGCAAAUACAUCGAUCCGCAAUGGGUAUGGCCCUGCCGGAAUUAGCCACGGAAGAAGCGAUCGCAGAAAGUGAAAACGCACGCAUUCCCACAGAGACGGGAAGACACACAGGAACGGUUACACCAGGUGGGGAGAGUGGUGAAGGUGCGAAUGAAAGUGAUGCAGAGGAUCCAGCAGAUCGGUACUGUCCGGAUCCAACAUCUACUCCGGGGACUUUGGAGCGAUAA